CCACUGACCAGGACCUGGCUAAAGUCUCAAAGUCCACGUGAAGGCCAACGGACGUGUUUCCUUCUUUAGACCAUGUGUCUAAAAAAGUAGAAAGCAAGGGACCCAUCAAUCUUGGUUCUGUUUAAGGUGUGCAAUAUGAAGAAACGGAGCUAAAGAUGGGAUCUGUGACGUCAUACUUUGAUCAGCUAUGUGGGCAGCAGCAGAAAAAGGAGGAACAGAGACUCUUGCAAGCCAAUGACAGACCUUUCAACCUUUCCUACCACUAUGCAAAUAACGCCAUCAAGACGUCCAAAUACAACAUCUUCACCUUCUUGCCACUCAACCUCUUUGAGCAGUUCAGGAGGCUCGCCAACGGCUAUUUCCUCUUCCUGUUUGUACUUCAGCUCAUCCCGCAAAUCGCUUCGCUUUCCUGGUUCACCACGGCCGUCCCUCUUCUUUUGGUCCUCUCCAUAACAGCGGUCAAAGAUGCUGCCGAUGACAUCAACAGACACAAAAGUGACAAACACGUGAAUAACCGCAAAGUGAACGUCCUCAUCGACGGACAACUUGAGAGUGAAAAAUGGAUGAAUGUUCAAGUUGGAGAUGUCAUUAAACUAGAAAAUAAUCAGUUUGUCACAGCAGACCUUCUUUUGCUCUCCAGCAGCGAGCCUCUCAAUCUGGUCUACGUUGAAACGGCAGAAUUAGACGGUGAAACCAACCUGAAAGUGAAACAGGCUCUGACUGUCACUGGAGAGCUGGGAGGAAGCAUUGAAGCACUGGCCAACUUCAACGGUGAGGUAAGAUGUGAACCACCAAACAACCGUCUGGACAAAUUUAAAGGCACACUAACAGUGGAUGGACACAUGUACUCUCUGGACAACGACAAAGUGCUUCUACGAGGAUGCACUCUGAGGAACACAGAUUGGUGCUUUGGACUGGUUAUCUUUGGAGGUCCAGACACCAAGCUGAUGCAAAACAGCGGAAAGACGACAUUUAAACGGACCAGCAUUGAUCACCUGAUGAAUGUCUUGGUGCUUUGUAUAUUUGGCUUCCUGGCAUCAAUGUGCUCCGUUCUGACCAUUGGCAACGCAAUCUGGGAGAUUAUUGAGGGCUCUGCGUUCACCGUCUUCCUCCCUCGAGAACACGGCGUCGACGCCCCUCUCUCGUCAUUCCUCACCUUCUGGUCCUACGUCAUCGUCCUCAACACGGUGGUGCCUAUAUCCCUCUAUGUCAGCGUGGAGAUUAUCCGUCUGGGGAAUAGUUUCUACAUCGACUGGGACAGGAAGAUGUAUUACCCCAAGUGUGACACUCCCGCCCAGGCCAGGACCACCACUCUGAACGAGGAGCUGGGUCAGAUCAAGUACAUCUUCAGUGACAAGACGGGCACCCUGACGCAGAACAUCAUGACCUUCAAUAAGUGCUCCAUCAACGGCAACAAUUAUGGUGAACUGUUUGAUUUUUCGGGACAAAGGAUGGAAAUAACAGAGAAGACACCAAGGGUGGACUUCUCGUGGAACCAGCUGGCCGAUCCAAAGUUCAUUUUCCACGACCACAGUCUGGUAGAAACUAUUAAGGAGGGCAACAUGGAGGCUCAAGCCUUCUUCCGUCUACUGGCUCUGUGCCACACUGUGAUGCCUGAGGAAAAGAAAGAGGGGGAGCUCCACUAUCAGGCUCAGUCCCCCGAUGAGGGCGCUCUGGUCACCGCCGCAAGGAACUUUGGAUUUGUGUUCCGCUCACGCACACCGGAGACCAUCACGGUCAUAGAGAUGGGCAGACAGGUCACCUACGACCUUUUGGCUGUGUUGGACUUCAAUAAUGUGCGCAAGAGGAUGUCCGUCAUAGUGCGUGACCCCGGGGGCAAGCUGACUCUGUUCUGCAAAGGAGCAGACACCAUCAUCUACGAGAGGCUGCACUCCUCCUGCAACAAACUGAUGAACAUCACCACCAGACACCUCAACGAGUACGCAGGGGACGGGCUGCGCACGCUCGCCCUCGCCUACAAAGAUUUAGACGAGCACUACAUGAAGGAGUGGAUGCAGCGCAACUACGAGGCCAGCACCGGCAUUGAUGGAAGAGAGGAGAAGCUUGAUCAACUGUACGAAGAGAUCGAAAAGGACUUGUUGCUUCUGGGAGCAACGGCUGUAGAAGACAAGUUGCAGGAUGGUGUCCCACAGACCAUAGAGCAGCUGGCUAAGGCUGACAUCAAAAUGUGGGUGUUGACUGGAGAUAAACAAGAGACGGCCGAGAACAUCGGCUACUCCUGCAACAUGCUGCGAGAAGAAAUGAAGGACGUGUUUGUGGUGUCUGCAAAUACAUCAGAAGGAGUCAAACGAGAGCUACAGAGUGCCAGAAGGAAAAUGUGUCCCACAGCGGCCGAGGAACCGACGGUGACCAAAGCUCGUGCAGGCCUCUUCUGGCUGCAGAAGACAGAAACUGUGCAUGAUGACAACGUGGACGGAGAAUAUGCUCUCGUUAUAAACGGACACAGUCUGGCCUUUGCUUUGGAGAAAGGCUUGGAGCUGGAACUGUUGAGGACAGCAUGCAUGUGCCAAACAGUGAUUUGCUGCAGGGUCACUCCCCUACAGAAAGCCCAGGUGGUGGAGCUGGUGAAGAAAUAUAAACAGGCAGUGACUUUGGCCAUUGGGGACGGGGCCAACGAUGUCAGCAUGAUCAAAGCCGCACAUAUCGGUGUUGGCAUCAGCGGCCAGGAGGGCAUGCAGGCUGUCCUGUCCAGCGAUUACUCCUUCGCCCAGUUCCGGUACCUGCAGCGCCUCCUGCUGGUGCACGGGCGCUGGUCCUACCUGCGCAUGUGCAAGUUUCUCCAGUAUUUCUUUUACAAGAACUUCACCUUCACCUUCGUGCAUUUCUGGUAUGCAUUCUUCUGCGGGUUCUCUGCGCAGACUGUGUACGAUGAGUGGUUCAUCACCAUGUACAACCUGGUGUACACAGCUCUCCCAGUCCUCGGUAUGAGUCUCUUUGACCAGGACGUGAAUGACCGCUGGAGUUUCCAGCAUCCUCAGCUUUACUCGCCGGGGCCUCUGAACAUUUACUUCAACAAGAAGUCUUUCAUCCGUUGCAUGGCCCACAGUUGCUACAGCUCCCUCAUCCUCUUCUUCAUCCCCUGGGCGGCCAUGCACGGCACGGUGCGAGAUGACGGCAAAGACAUCGCGGACUACCAGUCCUUCGCUUUGCUGGCGCAGACGUGUCUGCUUGUGGCGGUCGAAAUUCAGUUGUGUCUAGACACCUAUUACUGGACAGCUGUGAACCAGUUCUUUAUGUGGGGCAGCCUGGCAGUCUACUUCGCCACCACCUUCACCAUGCACAGCAACGGCAUGUUCCUCAUCUUCACCUCUGCAUUCCCCUUCAUCGGUACGGCAAGAAACUCUCUGAGCCAGCCUAACGUGUGGUUGACCAUAUUGUUGACAACCCUCCUAUGCAGUCUGCCCGUGAUAGCGUUCCGAUUCAUUGUCAUCCAGCUGAGACCCACCAUCAAUGAUAAGGUGAGACAUAAGUUACGUAAGGAGGCCCUGCCAGCUCCGCCUCCUCGCCGUCCUCCCACCAGGAGAAUCAGCACCCGGCGCUCGGGCUACGCCUUCUCCCACGCUCAGGGCUACGGAGACCUGGUGACGUCUCGGAGGUUCCUCCUCAAGCGUCCCCUGAAGGCUCGGACCGCUUUGUUCCAACAAACCGAGUCGCCUCUGGCUCAGAACCAGCCUCAACAUUACCGCAGCAUCGCGGAGGAGCCGGCGCAGCCACGCUUCCACGAGUGACGUCAACCAGUUUGUGGUCUCGGAGGUGACGCCAUGUGUGGUUCUGGCUUUUAUUUGACUGUCAAGUUUAAAUGCACUUUCAGGGAAUUAUGCUGACUUCAUGCUUGGUUGUCCUGCAAAGUAUCAAUCAACACAGAUUAUUGUUCUUUUGUAAAAGUUAUCCAUUUUUCUAGUGUAUCUCUUUAGAUAGAUAAGUACAAAACCCAAAAGCAGUGAAGUUGUCACGUUGUGUAAAUGGUAAAUAAAAAGAGAAUACAAUGAUUAGCAAAUCCUUUUCAACUUAUAUUCAAUUGAAUAGACUGCAAAGACAAGAUAUUUCAUGUUCACACUGAGAAACUUCUUUUUGUUUUUUUGCAAAUAAUCAUUAACUUAGAAUUUAAUGGCAGCAACACAUUGCAAAAAAGUUGUCACAAGGGCAUUUUUACCACUGUGUUACAUGGCCUUUCCUUUUAACAACACUCAGUAAAGGUUUGGGAACUGAGGAGACACAUUUUUGAAGCUUCUCAGGUGGAAUUCUUUCCCAUUCUUGCUUGAUUUACAGCUUAAGUUGUUCAACAGUCCGGGGGUCUCCCUGGUGGUAUUUUAGGCUUCAUAAUGCACCACACAUUUUCAAUGUCUGGACUACAGGCAGGCCAGUCUAGUACCCGCACUCUUUUACUAUGAAGCCACGUUGAUGUAACACGUGGCUUGGCAUUGUCUUGCUGAAAUAAGCAGGGGCGUCCACGAUAACAACAUAUGUUGCUCCAAAAGCUGUAUGUACCUUUCAGCAUUAAUGGCACCUUCACAGAUGUGUAAGUUACCCAUGUCUUGGGCACUAAUACACCCCCAUACCAUCACACAUACUGCCUUUUACACUUUGCGCCUAGAACAAUCCGGAUGGUUCUUUUCCUCUUUGUUCCUGGAGGACACGACGUCCACAGUUUCCAAAAAUGAAAUGUGGACUCGUCAGACCACAGAACACUUUUCCACUUUGCAUCAGUCCAUCUUAGAUGAGCUCGGGCCCAGCGAAGCCGGCGGAAGUUUCUGGGUGUUGUUGAUAAAUGGCUUUGGCUUUGCAGAGUAGAGUUUUAACUUGCACUUACAGAUGUAGCGACCAACUGUAGUUACUGACAGUGGGUUUCGGAAGUGUUCCUGAGCCCAUGUGGUGAUAUCCUUUACACACUGAUGUCGCUUUUUGAUGCAGUGAUCGAAGGUCACGGGCAUUCAAUGUUGGUUUUCAGCCUUGCCGCUUACGUGUAGAGAUUUCUCCAGAUUCUCUGAACCUUUUGAUGAUAUUACUGAGCGUAGAUGGUGAAAUCCCUAAAUUCCUUGCAAUAGUUGGUUGAGAAAUGUUGUCCUUAAACAAUUUGCUCAGGCAUUUGUUGACAAAGUGGUGACCCUCGCCCCGUCCUUGUUUGUGAAUGACUGAGCAUUUCAUGGGAGCUGCUUUUAUACCCAAUCAUGGCACCCACCUGUUCCCAAUUAGCCCGUUCACCUGUGGGAUGUUCGAAAUAAGUCUUUGAUGAGCAUUCCUCAACUUGCUCAGUCUUUUUUGCCACUUGUGCCAGCUCUUUUGAAACAUGUUGCAGGCAUCGAAUUCAAAUAUUUGCAAAAAAUAACAAAGUUUUCCGGUUUGAACAUGAAAUAUCUUGUAU